AUGGGUUCAUCCUUUGAGUUCUCUCAUCUCGGUGUGCAGCUGAGGGGUUCUUGGUGCGGGCUGUGGAAGGAGUUGGAGACCGGCAUCAUCUACGAUCUCACAAGUGUCGCCUCGUUCGCAUGGUUUUCACAGGCUCGUGCGGUCGUCGUGGUGAAAAUGCAAAACCGUCCCGGGGCUGAUCAAAAGGACUUCCAGAUCGAAGCAGUCGGCAGUGUCGGCAGCCGGCGGCUGCAACUGUUCGAUGUGUCGCGUAUACACACGUGCACGCACGAUCUGGUCGACGAUUCAACUCCGGGAACACUGGUUUGGUACAACCACACAAGAGGGCAACCGUGCACCUGGCAGUUUUUGUGGCAGCGGCAGGAAUGGCGGCCCACGUUAGUGCAGCUGAUGGGCGAAGUUGAAGACAAUGUUCUCAGGCUGGUCAUGCGAAAGCUUUCCGGCGAGAUGAUCUCCAGGGUUACAAUGCCGCUCAGCACAAGCUGGAAGGAGGCCAGAAAUCUAAUGGUGCCAGGGCUCCGACAAUUGCUUUCCAAAAAGCUUAGUUUCGUUUCGCCCAUGGGAACAGUCUUAACACCCCGGCAGAACGAGCAGCCGCUCAGUGAGCUUCUCGGGUGUGGCUACCCAGAAAAGAUGCGCGAGUCCAAACCUUUCGUUUCGCCCAUGGGAACAUCCUUGACACACCGGCACAACAAGCAGGCGCUCAGAAGGUUUCUCGGGUGUGGCUACCCAGCAAACAUGCACGAGUCCAAACCCACAGUCCAGACUUCAUUCGUGAGCCCACAGUCAGAUGUGACCACGACAGCGCUUGCGACCACGACAGCGCUUGCGGUGUCGCUUGCACUCUUUCUUACUGCUUCGCGCUCCGACCAAGAGAAGCACACUAGGAACGACAACUGA